UUUUAAUAAAAUUUUUUUUUAAUUCUGAGUUUGAGGACCAAUUUUUUUGAAAACUCUUUUUAAAAAUUUAGUGGAUUUAAAUUUAAGAGACAAGUAUGAGCUUCUGGCUUUUUAAAAAUAUAUUUUAAAAUAUUGUAGGUGUUGCCGUUGUUUUCAAAAUAUUUUUGUUGUGGUUGAAGUCAGAUUGUGAGAAAAAUGCAUUUAUCGCUUAAACGAUGGAAGAUUGUCCCUUACUCCUUAAUAUUUUGUUCCUUAAAUUACCUAGAGAAUAUUUUGCUUUUAUUUGUCUUAAGAAAUUUAAGCAAAAAAAUAUGGUUUAGUUCAGAAAAAAUUUAAUUUUAAUUUAAAAGAACAAUAUGUCAACAUCGGCAUUUUUUAAUCUAUAGACUUUAAAGUAUUUUUAAUUACCUACGUUAAAAAAAUCGUUAAAAUCAGAGCUGUUCGGCCGGGUUCUCUAAUAAUUUGCUUUAAAUUCUCUACUAUAGAGUUCAGUUCAAGUUGCCUAAAUAUUUAAGACUUUUUAUAUAGAAAUUUGGAAAAUGUAGGUACCUACUAUAUCAAAUUGCCUUCCAAAACACGUAUGCAAUUUUGAUUAAUAUAUUAAGAUGCAUUUUUAGAAAAAAAAUUUUCAAAAUCGUUAGUUUUUUGGAAAAAAAAGUUUUAAAAUAAAAUUGGUAUGCCAUUUUGAAGAAAUCACUAAUCCACAUCUAAAAACAAAAUUUCAAAAAAAAAUCAAUGUCCCGUUUUCGAAAAUUUGAUUUAAAAAAAAAAUUCAAAAUUUUUUUAAAAAUCCAAAAAUUAUUUUUUUGAAAAUUUUAGUUUUGAUUUAUAUUUAAAUUAUAUAAAUGCUUAAAAUAUUCAUUAAAAUUCCAGUAACGUAAAUACAUUUCUUGUUUCUUAAAGAUAAACAUUAUAGGCAUGACAUAGUUGCCGUCUGCCAGAUUGGCACCUAACAUUUUAACUAAUUGUUGUUUUGUUAACAUUUUGUAUCUUAGUUUUACAUUUUUAUUCAUAUUUUUUAUUUUUGAUUUUAAAUAAUAUUUUGUUUUUAUUUAUUCUAAAAUAAUUCACAAACUAUUCUAUUUCUAUUUGUAGAUCAAUGCUUCUUUACAGAAUUCAAAAAGUAUUUUCGAGUUUUCACCGUUUAGAAUGUUUAAGAUCUCGAAGUCACUUAACUCGUUCUUGCUAUAGAAAACUCUUCGAAGCUCUUUUAAAAUCGGGCAUCGUCCUAAAAAGUGUGUUACAUCUUCGCGUUCAUUUAAGUUGCACAUUGAGCAAAAUCCCUUCUGUGAGGCAUAAAAUUUAGGCGUAGCAUUUCCACUCUUGCUUUGAAAAUAGUAGAUAUCAUUGGUAUACUGUAUGAAGCAUUAAAGUAAUUUUUUAGUUCCAGGUUGUGUGUUAGAUUUCGUUACACUGAUCGUUCACUCGAAGACCUUGCUUCUUCUAAAAAUAACAUUCGUUGUUUUUCAUCGAGUUUUUGAAGCCGUAUAACUGUUUUCUUAAAUCACCCAACCUAUUUUCAUUCACUUCUAAUGAUAUCCCACAUUCGUUAGUAAUUCUUUCCCAUUCCAUAAACCAAAGCAUCUUGUUUCUUAGCGCAUAUAAUUUGGGGGUUUUUGAGAUAUAAGAACAAUUAAAAAUAUUUUUCCAGUUAAUACAAAUAGCUGCUUUUGCCUUUUCGAGUUUCGUAUUUAAGUGAUGCUCCAUAUUAAGAUUAUAAGACAGAUUUAUUGAAAUUGUUUGACAACUUCCAGUCUUACACUUCCAAAAGUCCAUUUCUCAUCCUGACUUAAUGUGCCUGAACCAUUUUUAGAGACUAAAACUUUUGAUUUAUCUGUAUUAACUUGUAAGUUCCAUUUUUGGCAAUAGGUUCUUAGUUUAUUGAUCAUAAACUGCAACAUCUUAGGGUCUUCAGCUAAUAGGACGAUGUUAUCAGCGUAGAGGAUGACUUUAGUUUUCAUUCCCACCAAGGAUACUCCUCCCGGUAGUGCUUCUGUGAUGUCAUCGAUAAACAAUGAAAACAACAAGGGACUCAUACAACAUCCUUGGCGAACUUCUAUUUCCACGUCAAAUUUUUGUGAAACAUGAUCACCAUCGCAUACCAUUGCCGUUGUAGAUUCAUAAAGUUUUUCUAUAGCUUUUAUAUAAGAUACUCCAAUGCAACUUAGUUUGUAAAACAGACAUUUUCGAUCAACAGAGUCAAAUGCGGCUCAACCAAAAAAUCGUACAUUUUUGUUUUCUAUUCAAUUUCAUUUCUGCUAAGUUAGCCAGUAUAAAAACAUUGUCUACAGUGCUAUAGCCUUUUCUGAAGCCGGCUUGAAAUUCACUUAGUUUGUUGUUAGUUUCUACCCAACUCGUAAGGUUUAACCUUUAUAGGGUCUUCGGGUCAUUUUUGACCCAUUUUUGCAAAAAAAUCAGGUUUUCUCGAAAACUAAAUUUUUUAGACAUAUAAUAUUUCAUGACUUUUCCUAAAGUUGUGAGCUUAAUAUAAUCAGGAAAUAAUUUUGUUAAAAUAUUUUUUAUUUUGCUACGUACAGAUAUUUUUACGUUCGCGGACCUCGGGUCAUAAUUGACCAUACCGUAAACCGAACGUCAGCUGUAUUGUUAUUUAUUUUCAGAUUACUCAGUUUUUGUUGUGUGGCUGCAUUAUUUUACUUACGGUGCUUUUAUAAAAAAAUAUUGACAGCUUGUGGCUAGCACAUGCUUUUAUUUGCAAGUUUGAAGUAGUUGGACUGUUUGAAAAUGAGUGAUAGUGAAAGUGAUUUUUCUUUGAGAUUUUCGGAUGAUGAAGAAUCGUGUUCUGAGUUCGAAGAUCAUGUUGAGGAAGCUAAUUCAUCUGAUAACAGUUUUAGUGAGGGUGAGGAUGCAUCUGUUCCUGCCGAAACAAUGAUGUCAAAAAAUGGCCUAAUAACUUUUUCGAAAAAACCCCUUGAGAAUAGUGCUGGAAGAGUCGCGAGGGAAAACGUUAUAAACUUGAUGCCAGGGUUGACACGUUAUUCGUCCUCAAGAAUCACUGCAGAAGAAAUCUCCAGCUUUGAAUUAUUUUUCCCCCCUCCUUUAGUACGUACUAUAUUAUCGUACACAAACAUUGAGGGUAAACGCGUAUUUGAUGAAGAAUGGGCUGAUAUUGAUAACACUGAGCUAUUUGCUUUCAUUGGAAUUCUUUUAUUGGCUGGUGUUUUUCGAUCCAAUAAUGAAAGCUCUGAAAGUUUAUGGGACUCACAAAAAGGAAGGCCAAUAUUUGCAGCAACUAUGUCACUGAAGACUUUCAAGAAAAUAUCUAGAGUUAUCAGGUUUGACAACAGAGAUACUCGAAGUGAACGGCGUUUGUUAGACAAAUUUGCUCCUAUACGUGAAUUGUGGAAUCAGUGGGUUGAGAUUUUACCGAAGCUUUACAACCCAUCCGAAAAUGUAACAAUAGAUGAACAGCUGGUGGCAUUCAGAGGAAGAUGUCCUUUCCGACAGUACAUACCAUCAAAGCCCGCGAAGUAUGGAAUCAAGUUUUGGGUACUUUGUGAUUCUGCAACAAGCUAUGCUUGGAAUAUUCAACCUUAUACUGGCAAGGAAAUCGGAAAUACACCUGAAAGAAAUCAAGGUAUGCGUGUAGUCCUUGAUUUGGUUGUAGGGCUAAAGGGGCAUAAUCUUACGACUGAUAACUUUUUCACAUCUUAUCAACUGGGACAAAAACUACUAGAGAAACAGAUCACACUAGUUGGAACUAUACGCAAAAACAAGCCCGAAUUACCACCAGCAACAGUCAAUAUAAAAGGAAGACCAGUUUUGUCAUCAAGUUUUGCUUUUACCAGGAAUACUACUAUUGUGUCUUAUAUCCCGAAGAAAAAUAAAUCUGUGAAUCUUCUAAGUACAUUUCAUCAUGACUCGAAAGUGAGUGAUCGUGCAGAUAAAAAGCCAGCAAUAAUUCUAGACUACAAUAAAUGUAAAGGCGGUGUAGACACAUUGGACAAAGCAGUUAGUUGCUACACUUGCAAAAGAAAGACUAAGCGAUGGCCUCAAGUGGUGUUCAGCAAUAUGGUCGAUAUAUCAGCUUAUAACGCUUUUGUCCUAUUCAAAUCUGCUAACCAUGCCUGGAAAGAGAACUGUCUUGCUAAGCGCCGCUAUUUUUUGGAAAAUCUAGGAAUGCAGCUUGUAACUCCCUACAUACAAAAACGGCAAACACUACCUCGGGCACCUUUUUCACUUGAAAUGGCCAAGAAAAUACGAGGUGCAUCUGAAAACAAUGCACAAUCUUCUUCAUCAACUCAGCCGGAAAGCAGUACAGGAAGGAAAACAACCAAAAGGAGCCGAUGUCAAUUAUGUCAAAAAACAGAUAAUAAAACAGGUUUAGUUUGCGACAUUUGUAAUAAAUUUAUAUGUAAGCAUUCUAAAACCAUCACUUUGUGUUCAAACUGUAAUAACUGAUAAUAAUUUUUUCUUCCAUCAUACAAUAUGUAUAUAUGUAUAUAGAUUUAUUAUAGUAUAAAUAGGAUAAAAAUGUACAAGAAACUUGUUUGUAGAUGCAAUAAAAUCCCGUAUAUAUAUUAAAAAAAGUUUGAUUUUCAUUAAAAACAUCUAAAAUAUUAAAUUAUAAACCAAAGCAGUAAUUACUAAUUAAAUAUUUAUCAUUCACUCUGAAAUAGCAGUAAUGGGUCAAAUUUGACCCGAAGCCCUCUUACGUUAGUAAGUUUGAGGACCUUAUGAAGGUUAAGCAGUAUCGAUGUAUAAAUUUGUAAGACUGAGUUCAGAAGCGAAAUGCCUCUGUAAUUACUUGGAAUAGCAGGGUUUCCUUUUUUAUAAAUGGGUGUUAGAAGAGCAUCAUAAAAGUAAUCUGGAACAAUUCCAAACUGAUAAAUUAUGUUCAAAGACGUUGCCAAAUGCUUUUUAAACUCAUCUGGACUGUUUUUGUAAAACUCUUAACUCAUUUAUAUCUACUUUCAAUGUGUUGGUUGUAGUUACAUCGUUAAUUUUCUCUGUAAGCUUCAAAAACUCAGUAGUAUCUUUUACAUUGCUCAGCCGAAGGGCCAUUCUCUCAAAAUGAAUAGUUUUUUUCUCCUUGCAUAUUUUUUUAAACUCUUUAGUUGAUUUUAAAUAUUGUUCUUUAAAAAAGCUGUUAGUGUUGCUGCUUCUGUAUAGCUUAAGCCAAGCUAAGGACUAACUUCUUGAUUUUGCACAUUCAUAAUCGUACCAUUCAUUUUUGAAAAUAAUUUUUGAUGACAUGCAGUCGACUGGUUAGAUUGCAUAAUUGAUGCCGCAUUAAUUAAAAUACUUUCCAGUUCGAAGAAUGGGAUGAAAUGUGUAGCAGGUUUUUAUUGAUGCACAUGAUAACACCCUCUCUAAAAUCAUUUUCUAAAUUCUCCCUCCAUCUGAAUUUCUUAAUUUGUAUACUUUCAGCUUACUUACUUUGGUAAUGACUGUAUUUAAAUCAGAUUUUCACCUCAAUUGGAAAAUGAUCUGAGUAAAUUUCGUUUAAGACAGAGAAAUCCUCAACAGCUGUGGUCCGUUCUUUUAUUGAACAAUGUUAACUAUUGUUGUUAUGUCAAAAAAAUCGUUGUAUUUGUUUUUGUUACAUUUUGUUACAAAAUGUUAACUUUGAUUUAGGAACGACUAAAUGUUACAUUUUGUUGAUCUGUCAAAAGAAAAAUUUUUGAGAUUAAUUUUAUGAAUGAAUAAACAAGAAAAAAUUAAUUUGGUACUGAAAUAAUUCUUUUUAAUUGAAUUCUAAGCAAAUUGAAACAAAAAUAUGCAUUCAAUAAUUUCAAAUAUGGAAACAAACAAGAAAUUCUCUUCUCACAUCAUCCCCUCUCUUCCCCAUUUAGUUGUGUUUGACAGAUUAACAUUGAAACUCAAGUCCAGAAGCUGAGUUGGAAAAAGUAACAAAAUGUAACUAUUUGACACUUCAACACCGGAUUUAGGAACGAUGUUGUGACGUCACGAUGUUACACUUUGUAACUUUUUUCUCAUUUAGGAACGAUGCAAGUUAAGGAUAUCCGCUGACAAGACAGUAAUCUAUAACAGAAUUACCUUGUCCUCCAGCAAACGUGAAGCUUCCCAAACAGUCGCUCGAUGUUUUACCAUUCAAAACUGAUAAACCAAAAGCAUUACACAUUUCCAGCAAUUUCUUCCCCUCCAGAUUGCAAACGGAAACUUGUGUUUUUUUGGUUUCAUAUCCGUACUUCAUGGCAGUGUCUUUAAUUCCGAUUCGGGCGUUCAGAUUUCCCAGCACCAUUAAAUUCAUGAAGUUACUGUUCAGUAGAACAUCGUACAGGGUUGAUUAGUCUCUAAUCCAAUGGUUGCAGUUAAUAUAUUGGGGUAUAAUAAGAAAUGAUUUUUGUUCAACAGUGAUGACAACAAUUGGUGUGUUUUCAUUCCAAAUAAUUUUACAGGAGUCUUUUGGCAUAGUUUUUUUGAAUGCUAUCAAGAACCCACCAAUUGCUCUGCCUCUUGCUUGAGUUCUACACGCAGUAAUCCAUUCACAUUUGUGAUUUGGAAAAUACUUUUCAAAUUCUGAAAAUCUAUUGCUAAUAAUAAAGGUUUCAAAAAGACAAAUAGUUUCAUAACAAUUUAAAAAUUUUAAAAAGUUCGAAUAUAAUAACUUAUUAUUUAAUCCAGAAAUAUUAUAGAAUACAAUUCUUAUAUUUAAAAUUAACGUAUUUUUUAUUUCAUGGCAGACCGGAAAUUGCUAAUGUUCCAUCGAAGUGUUGGUGCAUUCGCUAUUUCCUCGAUCGGUAAUGCAGUUGAAUUUAUAAUAGAGCUGCAACUGGCGCUAACUUCGUUUCUAUUUUGGUUUAUAAUUUUCAUGACAGGCAGUGAGGUGUCAGAAGUUUUUCGUAAAAUAUUAUCAAAAAAGUUACUAUUUACUAGGGGUAAUAACACCUUGUAAACCAUGAAAUCGAGCGUCAUUUUCAUCAGCGUAUAAAACAAAGAAGAAAUAUUAUUUUCUUUUGGUGUUUGUUUAGUUUAAUUAAGUAUAUUAAUAAGUAACAGAAUAGGCUAGUGUUAAAUUUUUUAAUGGUGUAAAAUUUUUUAAAUGGCGGUGUAGUUCAGGAUGAUAGUAAAAUCCUGUGCUCCCAUCGGGCGACCAACUAACUCCUACAGUUUUUAACCGAUUGAACUGAAAUUUUGUGUGGAGCUUAGAAAUACUAUUCUCUAGUGAACUACGUAGGAUUUUUUUGAAAUAUUAAUUUUUAAAGAAAUGGCAUUAGUUUGAAAAAAUUAUUUCCUUCCAAAAACAAAAUUCAUUGAAAAAAAGAACAUAAAACCGCUAAAUUUUAAUAUUUCAAAAAAAUCCUACGUACUUCACUAGAGAAUAGUAUUUUUAAGCUCCACACAAAAUUUCAGCCCAAUCGGUUAAAAACUGUAGGAGUUAGUUGGUCGCCCGAUGGGAGCACAGGAUUUUACUAUCAUCCUGAACUACACCGCCUUUUAAAAAAUUUCACAUCAUUAAAAAAUUUAACAUUAGCCUAUUCUGUUACCUAUUAAUAUACUUAAUUAAACUAAACAAACACCAAAAGAAAAUAAUAUUUCUUCUUUGUUUUAUACGCUGAUGAAAAUGACGCUCGAUUUCAUUGUUUAAAAGGUGUUAUUACCCCUUAAUUGAAAUAAUUCCUGAAGUUUCUUAAAUCCGCAACUGUUUUUAAAACGCAGUUCUUCUGUUUUUGACCAUGUAAACUCAAAGUCGUUGACUAUAAGUUUUUCAUCUCGUAAUGAUGUACGGCAAUCGAUACGAGCUUUCUUCAAAAGGCUUCUCACUUGCAGAAGUUUUGCGCGUGUUUGCCGGGCUGUGUAUGGAUAAUCUUUUUGUAUCGAAACACCAGAGUUUUUCAAUCUACCAAAACUGACUAAAUAGUUCCAAAAUUGUUCGUUCGAAGAUCUAAGCUCCCUCACGUCAUUCGACUGGACAAUGCUGGGAUAGCUCGAAAUGUUAGCGCAAAUUUCAGCCACUUCCAUUCUUUGGUCAGUCGGUUUCUUGGACGCGAGUUUUACCAAAAAACUUUUUUCAUUAAGCCGAUAUUGGACGGCAGUUAGUUGAGAUUGGAUUGUAUUGUAUUGCUCUUCGGCCAGGACACAUCUUUUCUCUAAAUCUUCUACUCUUAUUUUAAGAACUUGAUUUUCUUUUAUAACUAGUGACAGGUAAACGUAUUGGAUUGUAUUGUAUUGCUCUUCGGCCAGAACACAUCUUUUCUCUAAAUCUUCUACUCUUGUUUUAAGAACUUGAUUUUCUUUUAUAACUAGUGACAGGUAAACGUAGAACUACAGAAAAAACUGGUGAAAUAUGUACGUAAAAGAAGUACUUCUCUUCCACUGAAAAAAGAUAGGAGCUCGGGAAAAAACUCAGUUAUAUACUUUCUGUAUAUAAGAAUACGUGAAGCAUCUAUCUCUUUCUUGCAUGCAAGAUGAAAUGAAUUUCCCCUCCAUAUAAAGUACAG